CGAGAUUUAAGCUCGAGCUCCCCGCUGCAAGGCUCGCGUUCUCUCUUCCUAUCUGCUCUGUUCCUCUUCCGGAGCGUGUCCUUCAACCCAGCAUGUCGUCCACAGAGGCCAGCAACGGCGGAAACGCCUUAUCUACGCGGUGGGAUAAGGACCUUGAGAAGGGUGACAAGAAGGGCGACCAUCCGCGCUCCAAGUCCAUAGCGUCCAGUGGCAGGCGCGGUUCGCGACGUGAAUCUGUCUAUCCUCAAGAUUACGACGAGCUCGAUGAGUACACUGCGCUGCAGAAGUUCAUCGUCUCGUAUCGCGACCCAAAGGCCGCUGCCUAUGAAGACGCCAAAGCUGAGGCCGACGCGGCCGCCGCGGGCAAAGGCAAGCCGUGGUGGGCGUUCUGGAGGUCCAGCGGCCCGAAAGGAAAGGCCAGCGACGACGUCGUCCCGCCCGAAUGGCUCGACACCGACAUGAACAGAGGUAUCACUGCCGACGAAGUCGAGAAGCGCCGUGCCCGCUUCGGCUUCAACGAGCUCACCACCGAGAAGGAGAAUCUGUUCGUCAAGUUCCUCAUGUUCUUCACCGGCCCAAUUCUUUAUGUCAUGGAAAUUGCUGCGCUGCUUGCCAUUGGUCUGCGGGAUUGGGUUGACUUCGGUGUCAUUGUCGGUAUCUUGCUGCUCAACGCCUUCGUCGGUUGGUACCAGGAAAAGCAGGCCGCCGACGUCGUCGCCUCGCUGAAGGGUGACAUUGCCAUGAAGGCCAUCGUCGUCCGUGAUGGAAGCGAGCAGGAAAUCAAAGCACGCGAACUUGUCCCAGGUGACGUGGUCGUCAUUGAGGAAGGUCAAACUGUUCCGGCAGAUGUGCGUUUGAUGGCCGACUACAGCAAGCCUGAGACGUACGAAACCUACCUCCGAAUGAAGGAGCUGGAUCGCUUCGGACAGUCGAACGACCCCGAGGGUGGCCCUGAGGACGCCGAAGAUGAGAAGAAUGGCGAGCCAUCCUCCGACGACGACAUGGACGAUGACGGUGGCGCCAUCACCGCCGGCCCACCAAUCGUUGCCGUUGACCAGUCUGCCAUUACCGGUGAAUCUCUCGCUGUCGACAAGUACCUCGGUGAAGUCUGUUACUACACGACUGGCUGCAAGCGUGGCAAAGCGUACGGUAUCGUGCUCACCUCCGCAAGACACUCUUUUGUCGGUCGCACUGCUUCUCUCGUCGAAGGUGCCAAGGAUCAGGGUCACUUCAAGGCCAUCAUGAACUCUAUCGGUACCGCGCUGCUUGUCCUCGUCAUCUUCUUCAUCCUUAUCGCCUGGAUUGGUGGCUUCUUCCACCACCUCAAGCUUGCCACCCCCGAGCACUCUUCCGUCAACCUGCUUCACUACGCACUUAUUUUGCUCAUCAUUGGCGUUCCUGUCGGUCUGCCCGUCGUCACGACCACCACACUGGCUGUCGGUGCCGCUUACCUUGCCAAGCAAAAGGCAAUCGUUCAGAAGCUUACCGCCAUUGAAUCGCUUGCAGGUGUCGACGUGCUCUGCUCUGACAAGACCGGUACUCUUACGGCUAACCAGCUGUCUAUGCGUGAGCCAUUCGUUGUUGAGGGUGAAGACGUCAACUGGAUGAUGGCUUGCGCUGCCCUUGCUUCAUCGCACAACAUCAAGUCGCUGGAUCCAAUUGAUAAGGUCACCAUUCUUACCCUAAAGAAGUAUCCUAAGGCUCGAGAAAUUCUUAAGCAAGGCUGGAUCACGAAGAAGUUCACUCCUUUCGACCCUGUUUCGAAGCGUAUCACCACCGUCGCUGAGCUUGAUGGUGACACCUACGUUUGCGCUAAGGGUGCUCCGAAGGCUGUAUUGGCUCUUACCAACUGCUCCAAGGAGAAGGCCGAUCUCUUCAAGGCUAAGACUGCUGAGUUUGCUCGUCGUGGUUUCCGUGCUCUCGGUGUCGCUUACCAGAAGAACGGUGGUGACUGGGUGCUUCUUGGUCUCCUCUCCAUGUUCGAUCCUCCACGUGAAGAUACCGCACAAACAAUUCUUGAGGCUCAGCGACUUGGUGUUCCUGUUAAGAUGCUUACUGGUGAUGCCAUUGCUAUUGCUAAGGAAACUUGCAAGAUGUUGGCUCUUGGUACUAAGGUGUACAACUCUCAGAAACUGAUUCACGGUGGUCUCUCUGGCACCACGCAGCAUGAUCUGGUUGAGAGGGCAGAUGGUUUCGCUGAAGUCUUCCCCGAGCACAAGUACCAGGUCGUCGAGAUGUUGCAGCAGCGUGGCCAUCUGACGGCCAUGACUGGCGACGGUGUCAACGAUGCUCCCUCCCUGAAGAAGGCUGACUGCGGUAUCGCUGUCGAAGGUGCUUCAGAAGCUGCCCAGGCCGCCGCUGAUAUCGUCUUCCUUGCUCCUGGUCUCAGCACAAUCGUCUUGGCUAUUAAGACCGCGCGUGAAAUUUUCCAGCGUAUGAAGGCAUACAUUCAGUACCGUAUUGCCCUUUGUCUGCAUCUUGAGAUCUACCUCACCACCAGCAUGAUCAUCAUCAACGAAACCAUCUCCGUGGAGCUUAUCGUCUUCAUCGCCCUUUUCGCCGAUUUGGCCACUGUGGCUGUUGCUUACGACAAUGCUCACUCUGAGGCUAGACCUGUGGAGUGGCAGCUUCCCAAGAUCUGGAUCAUUUCCGUCGUCCUUGGUUUCUUGCUUGCUCUUGGUACUUGGGUCAUCCGUGGCACACUGUACCUUCCCAACGGCGGUAUCGUUCAGAACUUCGGCAACGUUCAGGAAAUCCUCUUCCUCGAAGUCGCCCUUACUGAGAACUGGCUCAUCUUUGUCACUCGUGGCGGCAAGACUCUUCCAUCUUGGCAACUUGUCGGUGCCAUCGCUGGUGUCGACGCUCUUGCUACCAUCUUCUGCGUGUUCGGCUGGCUCUCUGGCAAUCUGCACGACUACCCGACCGACCCGGCAAGUACCUUCAAGCAGCGUGCCGACGGCUGGGUGGACAUUGUUACCGUCGUCGUCAUCUGGGCUUACUCUAUUGGUGUUACCAUUGUCAUCGCCAUUGUCUACUAUCUCAUGAACAAGAUUCCUGCCCUCGACGACCUUGGACGCAAGAACAGGAACAAGAAGGACACCGAAAUCGAGAACAUCCUCGCUCACGUUGCCAAGCUGGCCAUUGAGCACGAGCAGGACGCUACAACGGGUAAGGGCAGAUACAUCUUCACCACCCGUGCUGCCGAAGAGGAGGAGGAUGAUUAGUUUGAGGUGAUCAGCCUCCGUUCCCUCGUGCAAAUCACUGUAGGAAAGAGGAAUUUGUAAUAUGUGAAUUUAGAUGUCGUAAACGCUGUAAUGGCAUUCUAAUUCGAAAUGCAUCCUGGCCAGUCUUUGGUUCUUCUUUGUCUGACAAGAUAUUGACAAAUAUCAAAAUGCUGUCUUAUCAUAGUCUUUUUCAUUGUGCUCCCAAGUCUUCAGUUCCUCUGCUUGCCAACUUGCCUCCUUUCGAGCAAACUCCAAACGUUCGAAGCAACAGAAGUUGUAGCGAACAAUUUUUCUUUUCAAUUUUUGGGGCGACGUUUGAUGGAUCCAAUCAAUGAUAAGAGCAGGGCCAAACAGGCGGAUAACCUUCCCCCUUCUCACUCACUGAUCUCGUAAAUGACGUCGGUUCUCUAGAGCCCUCACCCCAAAGAACUACGUCGAAACCAUUUUAUUUUUCC